AUGCCCUUGCGAAGGAAAUUGAUCCCUUUAACGAAUUCUCGAAUAAUUACGCAAGAACAAUACAUAUCGUUACAAAAUGAUAACAAUUCCGACUAUAAUUUUCAAACUUUUGAUUAUAAUUCACUUCGUGAGAAAUACUUGGUAAAAGACAACGCUGAUUAUGAUGUUCCAGAUGAUCGACGUUUAAUUAUCGAAAACGUUUUCAUAAAAACUCUUUCCGGAGAGACCAUAACGUUAAGAAACGUUAACGCGAAUACCUCCGUACGUCAAUUGAAAAAUGAAAUUUAUAAAACUGAACGAAUCCCACCGGAGGAAAUAAAUUUACGAGGAUCUAUUACAAUUUUUGUCCUUGAUCGGGAUUUCUUGGACCCUCCUUUUGACUAUGAUUUUACAAAUAUACAAAGUUCCAAGAAAUAUAUGCGUGGAAAUUUCAAUUAUAAUCGACCAUAUGGAUGGAGACGUAUCGCGUUAAAAAUUCUUGAUAAAUUUAAUGACAAUAGUUGGCUUGGGGUAAAUAAUAGGGUAACCUGCUUUGAUUCCGUGAAAGAUGAAUGGAUUGUUAGCUACCAUGGUACCGCAAAACAUAAUGCGAAUUCAAUCGCAAAGGAUGGAUUUGAUUUGAGUAAAGGAAAGAGAUUUCACUUUGGUCAUGGAAUUUAUUCUACUCCAUAUAUUGAAAUAGCCGCUUCAUAUGCUCAAAACUUUGAUCUUGAGGGAGAGAAAUAUAAAAUCGUGUUUCAAAAUCGUGUGAAACCUAAUGCCUUUAAGACAGUAUCAGAUGGAAGUAUUUUUGUUACUGAUAAUGAUAGGGAUAUUAGACCUUAUGGAAUUUGCAUUCAAAAAGCUUAA